AGGAAGAGCUCCCAACUCCUCAGACACCAGCACAUCCACACUGGGGAACGGCCCUACACAUGUAGGGAAUGUGGGAAGAGCUUCAGGUGCAGCUCCAAACUCCUCAGCCACCAGCACAUCCACACUGGGGAACGGCCCUACACGUGUGGGGAAUGUGGGAAGAGCUUCGGGGACAACUCCAACCUGAUCACACACCAGCGCAUCCACACUGGGGAACGACCCUACACAUGUAGGGAAUGUGGGAAGAGCUUCAGGGAGAGCUCCAAGCUCCGCAACCACCAGAACAUCCACACUGGGGAACGGCCCUACAAGUGCUUGGAAUGUGGGAAGAGCUUCAGGGACAGUUCUACCCUGAUCCGACACCAGCUCAUCCACACUGGGGAACGGCCCUACAAGUGCUUGCAAUGUGGGAAGAGGUUUCAGACCAGCUCACUUCUCCUUGUCCAUGAGCGGAUACACACAGAGGAGAGGCCCUUCCGCUGCACUGACUGCGGGAAGGGCUUCAAACACAACUCCACCCUCGUCACACACCGGCGCAUCCACACCGGGGAGAGGCCCUACAAGUGUGGGGAAUGUGGGAAGAGCUUCAGAUGCAGCUCCAAACUCCUCAGCCACCAGCACAUCCACACUGGGGAACGGCCCUACACGUGUGGGGAAUGUGGGAAGAGCUUCGGGGACAACUCCACUCUGAUCCGACACCAGCGCAUCCACACUGGGGAGAGGCCCUACGAGUGUGGGGAGUGUGGGAAGAAUUUCAGCCAGAGCUUCCACUUGACCAAACACCAACAGACCCACAAGUAA